GGGGCGGGAGCGCGCAACCGUAAACUCCCCGCUCUCAAAACGCUUCUCAGUUCUCUUCUCCCUCCAUCAAUGGCGACCUCGUCCCCUUCCCCAAUUCCCACCCUCCUCUUAUCCACCACAAUCCCCACCACCACCUCCUCCUCCUCCUCCUCCUCCUCCUCCUCUUCGCGCUCCCCUUCUCUCCCCUCCUUCACCCCCGAACCCUUCCCCAUCUCCUCAAACCCUAGAAGGCCCUUCUCCGAACCCUCUCCGCCGCCGCCGCCGCCGCCGCUCCUCGGGCCGAUCGCCACCGCCCGGCGAAGGGAUUUUGUGUGGGGGCUCGCGGUGUCCGCGUUGGUUGCGAUGGAGCCCUCGGUUUCGGAGGCUCGCGAGGUCGAGGUCGGGGCGUAUUUGCCCCCCUCCCCCUCGGACCCCGGCUUCGUCGUGUUCCGCGCCUCGCCGAGGGAUACUCCCGCGCUUCGCGCCGGGAAUGUGGAACCUUAUGAAUUCGUACUCCCGCCUACUUGGAAGCAAACAAGAGUUGCCAACAUACUAUCUGGCAAUUAUUGUCAGCCGAAGUGCGCUGAGCCGUGGGUUGAGGUGAAAUUUGAAGACGAAAAUCAAGGCAAGGUUCAGGUGGUCGCUUCUCCGUUAAUACGUUUAACUAACAAACCCAACGCAAAAAUCGAAGACAUUGGAAGCCCUGAGAAGGUUAUUGCUUCGCUUGGACCGUUUGUCACUGGAAAUACUCUCGACUCUGAGGAGCUUCUUGAGACUUCCAUCGAGAAACGUGGUGAUCAAACGUAUUACACCUAUGUGCUCGAGACUCCAUUUGCCUCGACGGGCUCUCAUAACUUGGCAAAGGCUACUGCUAAGGGAAACACAGUUAUUCUAUUCGUUGCGAGUGCCAACGACAAACAGUGGGCGUCUUCUCAGAAGACUUUGAAAGCCAUUCUAGAUUCAUUCCAAGUGUAACUGCUUGCUUACACCUUCCAACGGCACUAUAAAGGUAACAAGAGCUCAUGUUUUUAUAUGUAUAGUUUUGUAUGAAGGUCGCUCGAAAAUUCACCUGCUCGACUUUGAAAUGUUACCAUCUAGUUCAUUGAUUUUCUAUUCACUUUCUGUGUGAAGAGCCAUCUCAUUUUGCUUCAUUCAUGAUCAACCUGCUUCCGAGGACCCUGUCAAUUUAGCCUCUAGAUUUACUAAUGGAGUAAAUCGAAGUGUGAAUUUUUGAUACAUUCAGAGUUUAUUGUACACCAUAUGAUAUAUUCUUAGAGUAAGGUAAACAUGUUUGUAAUAUGAAUGACAUGGUAUGUGCGUGUGCUAAAUGGCUUGCGCUUUAUCUUCUCC